AAGGGGCCGCUCGUGAUCAAAAUGGAAAAUAUUUCAGAACACAACAACACCUAAAAAAACGUACGUAUUCCACGAAAAACAGCAAAACUGAGGAACAGUAUUCUCCAAGAGCGCAAAUUUGUGAAACCCCAAAUGGAAUCUGAGGGAAAUGAAGCCUCUCAUCUAUGCCCAAAGAGGAACAAACCCACUAACCAUUCCCAGUUUCCAUCAAGUUCAAUGCAAGAUUUGAGCUUAAAAAUCUGUAUUUUGCCAACAGAACUCAUCACUGAAAUACUCUUAAGGCUUCCAGUAAAAUCACUCUUGAAAUUCAGGUGUGUUUCAAAAUCUUGGCUUGCUUUAAUCUCUAGCCCUCAAUUUGUCAACACCCAUCUCAGUAUAUGUGCUAAUAACAAGGACAACACCCACCAUAGGCUUAUUGUGACGGUUAAUCGACAUAAGUACAAUCUUAAGGACAUUUCUGUCAGUUCUUUACUUUAUGAUUCAGUUACUGAGGCAUUGGACUUGGACUAUCCUACGAGAAACACCCUUAAAUGUAUUAGUAUUGUGGGUUCUGUCAAUGGGUUGAUUUGUCUUUCCCUUGGAGAAGCAAACUUUUUUAUCUGGAAUCCAUCAAUUAGGAAGUUCAAGGAAUUGCCUGAUUGUAGAGAUGCAUUCUGUUUUGGUUACCCUUGCAUUUAUGGUUUUGGAUAUGAUGAGCGUCAUGAUGAUUAUAAGGUAGUGGUAGGGUUUGCUAAUAAGAGUUAUGACCGUUCUUUUCUUGUUAAGGUUAAAAUGUAUAGUCUAACUAGUGAUUCUUGGACAAGUAUAGAAGAUUUUCGUAGUGAUUGGUUUGCCAUUAGGUCGGCUAUGUUUGUGAAUGGGAAACUUCAUUGGACUAUAUGUACUUAUUGUCAUCCUUGUGAUUCUUGGGACAUCAUUUCUAUUGAUUUGGCUGAUAGGAAAUGGGGAAAAGUGGAGCAACCUUCCUAUGAAGAAGGAGAUAUUUAUUCGACGCUGGGAGUUUUGGGUACUGAUCUUUCCGUGUGUUAUAAUUAUCUUGGAAUUCGCGCCGAUGUGUGGGUUAUGAAGGAGUACGGGGUUAAAAAAUCUUGGAUAAAGAUGUUUACCAUCUGUCAUCCAUUUGAACCGCUGGCUUUUCAGUUCUAUACAUUCUUUUGCAUGUCAAAUAAAGGUAAAAUUUUGUUUGUGUGUGGACCAGAGGUCAGGAUUUACAAUCCAAAGGAUGACUCAAUCAUAUGUUCAAAGAUUACCAGCUAUAACACCUUUUAUGAGGCAAACAUUUACAUUGAAAGCCUAGUGUGGCCCUUUAUUAGGAAGGAACCAAUAAUGCACAUGGAGGAGAUUGAAAAAGCUCAGAUGAAGACGAUCUUGUAAUUAAUAGAAGUGAAUGCUGAUUCUAGGAAAAAACUAAUCUACUACUUGUUGUCUGCAUGGAUUGCAAUGAAGAAGAAGGAUGACUUUUCUCUGUUUUUGCUGUUUCUUUUUUUGGUCCGAAAGAUAGAACUUGCAUUGAGGUAACAAAAUGUGUGUACAGGGAGGAGUUGGCGUAGUUAGCACGCCAUGAUUUUACUGUUCAUUUGUGAUGUAAUUAUGUUAUUUUCUUGAGUACAGAGCAAGACUUACAUACGCUAGCCACCUGCAUAUCACAUUUUGUUGCUAUAAAUUUUUCAAAAUUAUAGUAA